ACAUAAAUGUAUAAAUUUGUGGAUGGAUUAAGUUUUGAAAAUAGGGAAGCAUCAAAAUGAAGAAGUGAAAUAUAAGACUGCAGAAAUGAUUCUUACACACUACAGCUCCACACACAGGACACUGGUUGGGUAGAACAGCACGAUAUCAUUAAUAGCAGUCGAAAGGGUUUUAAAUGAUUUGAUAAAGGAAAUCCUUACUGUGACACAAGUACAGCUGGGAAGGGUGAAGCAGUAUUUAAAGAACACAGACAAUACAGCAGAUUCCAUAGUCUAAUCUGUAGAUGGACUCACCAGAUUUGACAAAAAACUGAGAAAUAUUGACGAUAUGGGAAUUAUUAUCAGGCGUCUCUAAAAACACACUCCAGAAGCAGAAAAGCUAUGAAUCCAGAAAAAGUCAACACCACCAAUACCUCAACUGUAAAUUGUUCUCGUGAUGGCGCACAUAUUGUCUUCCCUAUUCUAUACACUAUCAUAUUUUUUCUAGGAAUAAUAUUGAACUGCCUAUCUGCCUGGAUUUUCUUUAAAAUCCCUAGCAAAAGUGUUUUUAUUGUUUACCUUAAAAAUACUGUAGUGGCUGACAUACUUAUGACCCUGAUGUUACCAUUUAAGAUUCUCGCUGACUCUAGCAUUGGACCAUGGCAGAUAAAAGCCUUUGUCUGCCGCUUUUCUGCAGUUAUAUUUUAUGAAACCAUGUACAUAAAUAUAAUACUUCUUGGACUCAUCGGAGUGGACCGUUUUCUAAAAAUUGUAAAACCAUUUGAUAGAAAAAGAAUUAAUAACAUAAGUGAAGCCAAGAAGAUUUCUGUUGCAGUCUGGAUGGUCAUCUUCUUGAUAUCUCUACCCAAUAUGAUUCUGACCAGUCAAGAAGCAACACCACAAAGUGUUCGUAAAUGUUCCAACCUAAAGACCCCUCUGGGGAUAAAGUGGCAUGAAGCAGUGAACUACAUUUGUACGAUAAUUUUUUGGUUUGUCUUCAUUUCCAUGACCCUUUUUUAUACAAUAAUCAGCAAGAAGGUUUAUAAAUCUUAUAUUAAUUCCAGAAGUAAUGACAUAUCUUCAAGAAACAAGACAAGAUGUAAAGUCUUUAUUGUGGUUGCAGUGUUUUUUCUGUGUUUUGCUCCCUUCCACUUUCUGAGGCUGCCAUAUACAUUCAGUCAAGUUGGAAUCAUAACCGACUGUCAGCUGAAAAACAAGUUAUAUGUGGCCAAGGAAACCACUCUGUGGAUCGCAGCUACUAAUGUGUUAAUGGACCCACUUAUCUAUGUAAUGCUCUGCAAGCCUUUUAGAAAACUGAUACCAGGAUUUAACAGUUCCACUAACUCCAGCCUGGAGACGCAUUUUUAAUCUAAAGGUGUAUUAUUUAUGAAAAACAACCUCAUUCACCGCACGAUAAAAAAAAAAAAAGUUCAGUGAGGCAAGAAUGUUCAGUUACGCAAAUGUUAUAAUAUGUAAAGAACGUUUUGGUUUUGCAAUAAUGGUUCUUUUAUUUUAUAAUUCAGAUAUGUAAUGGCCAUUUACUUAUCUGACUGGGGCUGUCAACUCAUAAUAAUAAUAAUAAUAAGCAGCAAUAAAUGCAAAUGAAUUGGUUUAUAUAAACAAGGCUGGGGUAAUAUUUCAUGCCUAUGGUAUGUUCUCUGGUCAAUUCGAGGAUUAUUUCAAAAUCUAAAGGGGUGGUUGAGCGAAGAUAAGCGGAGAAAAGGAAAUUUUUCUGACAAUAAAGUUUUCCAAAAACUUGAUUUAUAUGCCAGUGGCAUACAGAAAAGAGUGGUUGUCCCAUAGCAAAGAUAGAGGCACCUAUUUUGUCUUUAGGACAGAAGGGCUGUACACCCUUUUUACCUUUUCUACACCCAUUAUAUAACUAUUGAAUCAAUGUCACCCCCCUCUGUUUGUGCAAAACUCCGAUGGGUAUUAAACAUUGUGCUAACCAAAUGGUUUGACUCAGAGUUGGAGUCUAUGGGGAGAUUUAUCAAAACUUGUGCAGAGAAAAAGUCAACCA